UUUAACAUACGCCGAUUGGGUUGUAGGCUGCCGUAAAUUAAAAGACGAAAUAGUUGAAAACUAGACACACAAGACGCAUAUAUAAUUGUGUGUGUUCUAGAUUAAGAUCCAGGAAUUCCUCAUUUGAACAUUACCAGGCUAUUUCAAUUACUAUUACACGUUUACAGAGGUUAAACCGACCAGGUGCCGAGGUCCCAAGACCGGGUCGCUGCCAUGGCUAAAGAGCAGCCGAACGUGUCCGAGCUCCUCCCGCUGCUUGAGUCGUCAGACUUGCAGGAGCUGGAACACGUCAAAGCUGCCAUCAACGACGACCUCAGUUCAGACCGAGGGAGCAUGCUGCUGAAUGGCCUGGUGGACUACUACAUGGAGACCAACUCCACUCAGGCCAUCCUCCUGCUCUGUUCUGUCAGGGAGCCGCACGACAAGCACCUGUUUGAUAAGCUCAACGAAAGCCUGGCGAGACCGCCUUGUCGCCUGGCCACCCUCACCCUGCUGGGGCACGUCAUCCGCAGGCAGCCGUCUUGGAUCCACAAGAUCACUCGCUUCCCCCUCCUGGCCUCUGUACUCAAAUGCCUUAAGACAGAUUGUGACGUGAUGGUGUUGAUAACGGGAGUGCUAGUGCUGAUCACUCUACUGCCCAUGAUUCCUCAAGCGGGACGCCAGCACAUCUACGACUUCUUUGACAUCUUUGGCCGUCUCGCUUCCUGGAGCCUAAAAAACCCAGGCCACGUCCACGGCGUGUUCCUGAUCCACCUCCACGCCAGCGUGUACUCCCUGUUCCACCGUCUCUACGGCAUGUACCCCUGCAACUUCAUCUCCUACCUGCGGUCCCACUACAGCAUGAAGGAGAACCUGGGCACCUUCGAGGAAGUGGUCAAGCCCAUGUUGGAGCAUGUGCGGGUGCACCCAGAGCUGGUGACAGGAACCCAGGACCUUGAACUGGACCCCUCCAGGUGGAAGAGGUUUGAGAUUCACGACAUCAUGAUCCAGUGUGCCAAAGUGUCUCUGGACCCGAAGGAGGCGUCGUGCGAGGAGGGCUACUCCAGCGUGCCCGACCCCCUUCCCCUCCACCCUCCGUCCAGGCUCCACGACAGCACAGUCAGCCCCCACCCAGAUCACCACCACAGCUACGGACGUUCUACCUCCACCCCUCUCCCCGUGGGCCAGCCUGCUCUCUCCCUGUCUCUACCCCAGCUGGUCUCCCCCCGGGUGUCUCUCUCCAGCCUUCAGACCCCCUGCCUGCAGAUUUCCAACUGCGACCUGUCGGAGAGCAAGCCGAUGUGGAGCCCCUCCUCCGAGUGUCACAUGAGCACGCCCCCCACCUCCCGCAGAAUCUCCCCAGCCAACGUGUCGGACCCCUGGCAGAGCCCCCAGGGCCCUGCCAGCAUCGCACCAGCUGGACCAGGUGCGAAGUGUCCCCCGCCGGCCGCCGUCCACGCCCCCCCCCCGCACGCCCCCGCGCUGUUUGAGGAGCACAUCCGCACGCCAUCUGCCAACUCUACCAGCCAGAAGCGGCAACCAAUAGGCGAGUUGGAGAGGGGAGUGAGUCAGCCAAUCAGAGAGGGAGAUGGAAGCAAGCCUGAGGUCAUCGACAACGGUACUAAAGGUGCCGGAGGAGAGAAGGCGAGCGUGUCUCUGACGGAGCUGGCAGACUUUGUCCAGAAGCACAACGUGGACCUCCUCCAUGGACCCAGCCCAGAGACAGAGGAUGGGGAAGAUUCCAUCACGGAAGAGAUCCUGAAGCUGACGGCCUCCCAAACAGGCCCUGACGGUUCCUUCUACAGCUCCUCAGAGUACCACUCUCUGUCCUCCCUCCAAGCCUCCGACCAGAGCCUCAACAAGGGCUCCCCGGCCCCCGCGCCUGAUGGCCUGGAGGGCUCGUCCGUCCUCGCCAGCCAGCCCCUGGCUUGGUGUCUCCCGCCCGGGUUCACCCCCAUCGCCAGCCACGUCCGCGGGGGGCGGCUGGAGCAGGUGGAGGGGGCGGGGAGGCCCGGCCGCGGCCACCUCUCCUCCACGCCUCCCGGGGACGCGGCCCCUCCGUACGAGGCUCUGUUUGGCCUGGCCCUGCCCAGGGCCGCCUGUCUCUUCCUGUCCCGCAAGGCCUGGGAGGUGUCCCGGCGCGAGGCCGGGGGAGAGGGGGGCGGGGAGGGGGAGGAGGAGGGGACGGCCUGGUCUCCCCUGGAGGCUCUGGAUAGGCUCAUCCAGCAGGGGAACGACGCCCACAGUCAACUCAUGAAGAGACCGCAAGUUCCAUUCAAGUCGGAGGACUGGACUCACUUUGGAGGUAAACAACAGGGCAUGAAGGCCAAAGGCUCCGGUCCCAUGGACGAGGUGCAGGCCCUCCGCAGCCAGCUGGUCCUCAUGCACAACCAGCUGCAGUUUGAGCGCUACAAGAGGGAGCAGCACGCCAUCCGCAACCGCCGCCUGCUGCGGCGCAUCAUCAACGCCACGGCCCUGGAGGAGCAGAACCACUCCAUGAAGGCCCAGCUGAAGAUGCAGGAGCUGGAGGAGCAGGCCCUGCAGGCCAGCCUGCAGCAGGAGCAGCAGCGCUCCAGGCAGCUGCGGCUGGACACGCUGGCAGAGACCUCCCAGCUGCACGGCCGCAUUGCGCUGCUGCAGGAGCAGCACCACGACUACCUCACCAAGACCCAGAGGCUGCAGAGUGAGCUGGAGGAGUGCCAAGGCAGGAUGGCUGAGCUGGAGUCUGAGCUGCAGAAGGCCAGCUACGAGGCCUACAACGCCGAACACCAGCUCACCCAGCUGUCCCUGAAGCUGAGCGACAGCGAGGAGCUGCAGGAGCACAUGUUCCUGCUGAACAGGCAGCUGCUGCUUCUGGGCGAAACCAACAAACUCUGCAUGGAGGAAGCCCAGAGGGUGGGCCCCAAGUCCGACAAGGAGCUGCUCAUGCUGCAGUGGUCCCUGAGGAAGGAGGCCGAGUGUCUCCGUCAGGGCGAGGCCCAGCAGAGCCGGCGUCUGGAAGCCGCCCAGCAGAGGCUCGCCGACACCGAGGCGCAGCUGGCCAAGAAGGAGCACCUCAUCCUGGAGCAGAAGAAGUUUCUAGAAGACAUCAAAGCCAAGGCCAGGGGCCAGCUGCAGGCGUCGGAGAGCCGCUACGUUGCCCUCCGCUGCGUGACCCAGGCUCUGCAGACGGAGAUGCUGCAGCUGUACGGCCAGCUGGACCUGCAGACCCAGGCCUCCAACAGUCUCCUGGAGCCUGCGGACAGCCAGGCCUCCAGCCCCUCCAGACCCAACGGCAGCAGCAGCGGAGUCCCGGUGUCUCAGGGCAGUCUGAAGAGCGUUGGCCAGGCCACCGCCCCCGGGAUCCCCCCGUCGUCCUCCGCCACCGUCCCCACCCCCGGCGGCCACCCGUCCUCCGCCAGCACCAACGGCAGCCUGGAGGAGCUCCCUCUGGUGAACGAGGCCUCCCCCCUCCACCACCUCCUGGCCUCCUCCCCCAUCACCCCGUCUCCGGCCAGCGCUCCCAUGGACGUGGGAUCCUACCCAAGUGCCAAGUCCUUCCUGGGCAUGCACGCCCGAGGGCUGUUCCAGAGCAAGAGCGACAGCCAGGAGGGUGAGGGGGAGCCGGAGGCCCAGCUCGGGAGCUUGUCUCUGGAGGAGGCGGCGGAGGAGGAGGAGGGUGGGAGCCAGCCUCCAGACCAGGGGCUCAUCCAGCCCUCCUCCCUCCAGCUCGGGGCUCCAGCCCCUCCUCCUCAGGGCCCGGGGCAGCCUGCUCCCAGCCAGGUUCCAGCCCUCCCAGGCCGGCUCGCUCCCGCCGGCCCCCACCCGAGGAGACCCAACCUCAGCAUCAUGGACUACAAUGAGACCCAGCACAGCUAGAGAGAAGGGAGGGGAUGCCUAAGCCUUCUGAUACGCAUGUCUGGCACAUUCUACCCCAGGCAGCAGCAACAGCGGGCUGUGCUGGCCUCAUAAACAGUAGGUAGCUCAUAUACUUUGUCGAUCCCAAAGAGAAAUGGUGGCGUGAUAGUCCAGAGAAGAAUGCAAAGAAAAAAAUACAGGUUACCAAAACGUAAUGCGCAGGGCGGCACAUGGGGAUAAAACGUACAUGUACUGAACAAAAACGAUUCACCAAGGUGGCCCACAGAACACAGGUAGUACGUAGGGAAUGCACAAAACAAACUUAACACAGGAACACUAUACAGCAACAAGUAUCAUGUGCAAAACCAGUGACAUUAAUGCUACUAACGUAGGAUUACCAACAAGAAUCGGUGAACUGUAAGAAGCAGUGUCACAUAAAUACAUAGUUAUAUAAUCUACAGAGAGAGGUGUACCAAGUACUCUGGAAUGUACCAGAUACCACCCAACUAAAUCAGAGCAGUGCAGUAUAAUUAAGUUAGAAAUGAGAAUGUUGACAGGUGAUUGAAUGGUGCCCCAACAUCACUGCCAGUUGCUCAUGGGGAGGCAGUAUAGAGUGUAAUGGCUCACAGUGAGGCAGUAUAUGGUCUAAUAGCUCACAGCGAGGCAGUAUAGAGUGUAAUGGCCCACAGCGAGGCAGUAUAGGGCAAAUGGCUCACAGUGAGGCAGUAUAUGGUCCAAUGGCUCACAGUGAGGCAGUAUAUGGUCUAAUGGCUCACAGUGAGGCAGUAUAGAGUCUAAUGGCCCACAGUGAGGCAGUAUAGGGUCUAAUGGCCCACAGUGAGGCAGUUUAGAGUCUAAUGGCUCACAGUGAGACAGUAAAGAGUCUAAUGGCUCACAAGUGAGGCAGUAUAUGGUCUAAUGGCCCACAGUGAGGCAGUAUAUGGUCUAAUGGCCACUAGCAAAUACUUUCAAUAGCUGAACUGUCGUCCCCUCGUGCAGCACCAGAAGCGUUCGAUACAUUGUCAGUAAAAGUGGCGUGUCGCGGAGCAAGCGGUUUGAGCGUUGAAAUGAGGCUGCACACGCCGCAGCCCGAGUGGAUGACCCAGGACAUUUGGACGUCUGUCUCGAAGCAGCCUCAAAAAAAAAAACACAACAGAGAGAAACUGAUUGUCUUAUGUUUAGUGUAAGUUGAAAUAAGCUAUUUAUUUGUAUGCUGGUGGGGGGGUGGGGGGGGUUAGUUGAGCCAUGUUAACAUGUCACAUCUAGCUCAGUUUGAUCUACAUGGGGGUACUGCAGUUUCAAGGUGCAAUAAUCAAUUUAAGAAUAUAAGACACUUGUCAAAUCUGUAAUUUUUUUCCUUUUAAAGAUGGCCAUUGCAAUAAUUCAUGCUUUAUUUUACCUUUUUUAAGCGUGACAAGAAAGGCAGGGAGAGAGGGAGAAAGGGAGAGGUGCAGCCAAAGGCCACGGCCAGGGACCUCCGCUGACACGGUACUCUAUCCGGUGAGCUACCUGGAGGCCCCAACCCUGGUCACAUGUCUCAAGUCAGGCUCUGUCAUGGAGCAUCAGUGUUGUAUUUGGCCUUUUGUGCUAUUCACUACAAGUGGCUCCUAAGCUUCUUGAGGCUGUGUCGAGCUAGAUCAUGCACGGUCCAGCAGAGGUGCCUACACUAGGAGGCAGGCCCUGCCACUGUAACAUGGGGUUACGUCAUUACGGCCGGACAGAGCUGCUCCUGACUGAUUGAGCUGUUUAUGUAAACGUUCAGUGCCAUAUUUUCUAUAUGUGAAGAGGAGGAAGGCUGAUCUCUGUGUACUGGUGCAGCCUUACACCUUGAGGAGGAUUGCUGUAUGAUGCAGGGCUAUUGGGACUGUACUAUGGGCUUAGUUAAUGUGCAAAUGCACAUGUCUGUAGCCUCUCGUCUUACUGACACAAGUUUUGAACCAAAACAUACGACAUAGUCAUAGAGUCACCUUUUAAAGUUUCGAUUUGAAAUGUUCUGCUUCUGAAUGUUGAUAAUUGGAAAGGAGAGGGGAUUCUUGUUGCCAAUUUGUUGUUCCAGUUUGAGAGAACUGAUUAACCUCAGUAUUUGACGACAACACCAUUACUCCUUGGUAGUCUCAAGAUUGGGAGUGGUCUGACUUCCUGUAAUCCAACGUAAUGGUAAAUACAAGUGUUGGAGUCAAUUACAACAAGAGAAAGUGAAACCACAAUCAACAGUGCAACAAUCUGACUUGACCGCUAUCCGAGACACCCUGAUUGGAGGGUCAUGUGUUGAUAACCGAUUAAAAAGCAUUGCUUCUUCUGAAGAGAAUGUUUUAAACUGUGAAUAAAGAGCUCUAC